CUUCGGGGGCUGGGGGCGGUGGAAGGGGGGGGGGCAAGGCUGGCGCUGGUCUCCAGAGAGCAGGAUGCGAGGAGGGGGAGCCCCUUGAGGAGGGCUGGAACUGCGGGAGGGCCUGUGGGGGAGAGAUACUGAGGAUGACUGAGGGUUGCCAACCUGCAGGUGAGACCUGGAGUUCUCCUGGAAUUUCGACUGAUCUCCAGAUCAUUUCCCUUAGAGAAUGUGGCUGUUUCGGAGGGUGCAAGGUGUCUCCACCAUGCAAGAAGAGGAUGAAUCAGAAGCAACCUCUGUAUCUUCUGGAGACAGUGGCUCCCCAGCUCCGUCUGCAAAUGGCUAUCCAGGCCCCCAAAUCAAAGAGACGCAAGGAGCAGUACGGCACCUGGUGGAUGAAGGUGGCGAGGUCGGGCAAGAUCGGCUGAGUUCUUCGCAGGCGCCCAGCCCCGAGUGGCAUGAGUGCCCCGAAUGUGGGCGUGGUUUCGGCACUUCCCGAGCCCUGAAGGUGCACCGCAGCUACCAUGUGGGGCGCAAACGGCCCCACAGUGGCUCCUCCUCUUCCUCCUCGAAGCCGCCAGUUCUGACCCUUUCUGGUAACCCUGAGAGCCGGGAAGGGCGAACGGCUCCACCUCCUAGCUGGGGUGGAGCUUUCCACUACAUUUGCGCCGAAUGUGGCCUGGGCUUUGCAUCCCCCUCCUCGCUGGAGGCACAUCGCUGUGAACACGGCUGGCGCCGCAGCCCUCCAGCUCCGCCUCGUAACAAGCUCCCCCCUUCCCCUGCUCCGAAGGAGGCCAACGGUGAGCAUGAUGCAGAUGGGGCUGAUGGACCAUACCACUGCACCGAGUGCCCAGGGGAGUUCAGCCUGGUGUCAGAACUGCAUGAGCACUACAUGCGCCACGCGCGCGGAGAGCUGUAGAUCACCUACCUUUCUUCCCUCCUGUCUAACAUAUGGCACCUGUCAACGGACUGCUCUGGUUAGGACUCUUAAGAAGUGAAUCAGAAACCCCAACCUCCUUCCUCCCCCUUAUUUUUUAGUUCCUUUUUAGGUUUUCUUCUUUCUAUUUUUUUAAUCAAGUUUUGCCAGCAGGGAGGGAAACGGUGUGCUUCUCACUACUCAAAACAAUCCCUUUAUGAGUUCUGCCUCAGCUGAGUGGGCGCAGCCGCCGUGAAGUCCCCUGGCUCUCCCAUAUGUAAGAGGGGGUGCUGUCUCUAUCCCCUACACAUAGGAGGGGGAAAAGUGAACUUCUAAACCUACAGUGUUUUGAGUCCUUGGCAUUACUGCGAAGGGGAAUCCCUGCGCUGUGUCUCCCGUGGUGGGAGCACCAACCCGAUUGGUCUUGUAGUUCAUUCUCACUACUGGAAGUGGGCAAGACUAAAUGCAGGUCUCUUCCAAGGGAAGGGAGAAAGGCGGUGGACUGGGAACGCUUGGCCAAAGCACAAACCCUGGUUCUUCUCCGCUUCCUCAUUCCCGCUGCCGUUUUACUGCCCCUUCCUCACUUGGGUACCCGGUCUGAUCACAGUUCCUGCUACCUGGGGUGGGAAGUGGGGCAUCCAUGCUGAUUCGAAGCUGUGUUCUGUCCGUGUGUGCGUGUGUGCGUGUGCGUUUGCCUAUUUAAGGGAGCAGUUUUUAGAGACGGCAUCUGAUCAGUAUAAAUCAUUAAUAUUAACGGUCUCCGCGAUAGCUGGGAGAUUUGUCUUAAUAAAAGUGAAUCUGUAUGCGUGA